AGGCGGGAUUGCGUGAGCUGUCCAAUAGUUCUACUCAAUCUGCGAUUCUAAGUUCUAAAUUUUGGCGCCGAAAAGAAGAGCCCACAAUUUUUUCAAAGCAAACUAAUCGAUUCGUGAAAACUCAAAAACUAUUUCGCGCCAAACCCACAAAUACAAGACACCCCCCGCCUUCUGAUACUUCUCUCUAACCUAUUAUAUUCUCUAGAGAGAGAGACCCUUCCAUUUCAGUUGUGAGGUUUAGAGAGAGAGAAUGGCGAAAUUCAUAACCCCAGAUGCGAUUUCAACCAUACUGUCAAACCCAUCUCCGGAUUCUUCAUCUGAGGUCCCAGAAAUCGUUGUACAGGUUGUGGAUCUGAAGCCUGCCGGAAAUAGAUACAUGUUUUCAGCUAGUGAUGGGAAGAUGAAACUCAAAGCGAUUCUACAAUCUAGUUUGUCAUCUGAGGUCAUCUCUGGAAAUAUUCAGAACUUGGGUCUCAUUCAGAUUCUCGAUUACACACUCAAUGACAUUCCAAACAAGAAUGAGAAGUAUCUAAUUGUUACAAAAUGUGAGGCUGUGUCUCCUGCUCUUGAAUCAGAGAUCAAAACUGAGGUGAAAAAUGAAGAAACUGACAUUGUAUUGAAGCCAAAGCAAGAAAUGGAUAUCAAGAGUGAGGUUAAAAGGGAAGGGACUGGAAUUGUUUUGAAGCCAAAGCAAGAAUUGGUUACUAAAUCAGCUGCUCAGAUAGUACACGAACAGAAUGGGAAUAUGGCACCUUCUGCACGUAUGGCGAUGACACGAAGAGUUCAUCCACUUGUUUCCUUGAAUCCUUACCAAGGAAACUGGACCAUAAAGGUCCGGCUUACUAGCAAAGGAAACAUGCGCACUUAUAAGAAUGCUAGAGGUGAAGGGUGUGUCUUCAACGUGGAGCUAACAGAUGAAGAUGGUACACAAAUACAAGCAACAAUGUUUAAUGAAGCUGCAAAGAAGUUCUAUGACAAGUUCGAAAUGGGAAAGGUUUAUUACAUAUCAAAGGGGACUCUAAAAGUUGCUAACAAGCAGUUCAAGACAGUGCAAAAUGACUAUGAAAUGACCUUGAAUGAAUAUUCUGAGGUGGAAGAAGCAAGUAAUGAAGCAACUUUUAUUCCUGAAACUAAAUUCAAUUUUGUUCCAAUUGAUCAGUUAGGUCCAUAUGUCAAUGGGAAGGAACUUAUAGAUGUUGUUGGUGUGGUUCAAAGUGUAUCUCCAACGAUGAGCAUUCGAAGAAAAAUUAAUAACGAGACCAUUCCAAAACGUGACAUUACUAUUGCUGAUGAGACGAAGAAGACUGUGGUGGUGUCUUUGUGGAAUGAUCUUGCUACCAAUAUAGGCCAAGAAUUGCUAGAUAUUGCUGAUAAAUCUCCUGUAGUUGCAAUUAAAUCCCUAAAAGUUGGAGACUUCCAAGGUGUAUCUUUGUCAGCAUUGAGCAAAAGCAUUGUAGUGGUAAAUCCAGAAAUACCCGAAUCAAAAAAACUUAGAUCCUGGUAUGAUUCUGAAGGCAAAGAGACUUCAAUGGCUUCUGUUGGCUCUGGUAUGAGCCCCAUGGCUACAAGUGGAAUGCGAAACAUGUACUCUGACCGUGUUUCCCUUUCUCAUAUAACGAGUAAUCCAUCAUUGGGUGAUGACAAGCCUGCUUUUUUCAGCAUCAGGGCAUACAUUAGCCUCAUCAAACCUGAUCAAACUAUGUGGUAUCGUGCUUGUAAGACUUGCAACAAGAAGGUUACUGAGGCUAUUGGAUCUGGAUAUUGGUGUGAAGGAUGCCAGAAGAAUGAUGCAGAGUGCAGUUUAAGGUACAUAAUGGUGGCAAAGGUUUCUGAUGCAAAUGGUGAAGCUUGGCUCUCUUUGUUCAAUGAUCAAGCAGAGAAGAUAAUUGGGUGCUCCGCUGAUGAGCUUGAUAAACUGAAAUCCCAGGAGGAAGAAAGAAAUUCUUUCCAACUGAAAUUGAAAGAAGCUACAUGGGUUCCACAUCUUUUCCGAGUUAGUGUUACACAGCAAGAGUACAUGAGUGAGAAAAGGCAGAGGGUAACAGCCAGAGCUGUUGCUCCAGUUGAUUUUGCAGCUGAAUCUAGGUUUUUGCUGGAAGAGAUAGCAAAGAUGAAAGUCUCUCAAUAGGGCGUGGUUUGGCUUUUUGUGUUUUGGGAAUCAUAGUGUCAAGGAAAUGUCUUCCAUAUCUUCAUACAUAAGUUAUUUGUUUGAUGAUGAGGGAGGUUUAAGCUAAUUAGGAAGUGACUAUGGUUGUUCACACCAGUGCUUGUAAUAUAUGUUCUCUAGCUAAUCCAUUACAAAUGGUUUUUGUUGCA